AUGUUACUAUUCCACCAAUAUCCUGGCCCAGGUAUCAUCACUGCGCCCAUCACCUCUUACGAGCCACCAAAAACACCAGGACAGCCUGGUACCGUCAUCAUUGAAACCCCAGCCCCUGUUCCCGAGCCUUCGUCCGAACCAGCAGGCAACAAUGUUACUCUUUACACCUUAGCCCCACCUGGUGUUAAGGUGCCUAUCACCAGCUACGCACCUCCUCAAACCCGCGGACAGCCUGGAACUGUAUUUAUCCAGACGGUGGCUUCUGAUUUGGCCGUGUCUGCUGAUGCCGGAAGAAAUGUCACCAUUAGUCGAGAAGGACCUACUGCUUUCACCACCUACUCGCCCCCGGGAACACCUGGAGAUCCUGGUACCGUUAUCAUCGAGUAUCUUGCCCAGACUAAUGUCACUAUAACUCGACAGGGCUCUGUCGGCCUGACGACCCCCUUUACUACCUAUAUGCCGCCAAGGACAGCAGGAGAGCCUGGUACUGUGAUUGUUGAAACUCCAGAGGCCCGGGGUUCUUCAGCAACUUCAGAUGAGGCAGUGACCAUUCCCGCCCAUUCUGGCAGCCCCAACGUCACUGUGAUUCGUGGUGGCCCAGGCAGGGAAGCGAGUACGAUAUAUAUACCGCCAACUGGCACUGAACCAGGAACCAUCAUAAUCGAAACACCUACUGUUGUGCCCACGACAUCUGAAGGAUCGCCCACGUCUGAAGUCCAGCUCAGUAGUAACGAGCCGGCUGUUACCAUCCCACCUAGCUCCAACAGCCCUAACAUCACGGUUAUUCGGCCUUAUCCUGGACCGGGAUCGAUUACGGAGCCUGUUACUAAAUAUGUUCCCGCAACCGUCCCUGGGGAACCGGGCACUAUCAUCAUCGAGACCCAGAGCUCAGACAGCCCUGAUUCUACAACGGCAAACGCUGAGAUCACCCUCCCUCCCACUUCACAGAGCCCCAAUGUCACCGUCAUCAGGCCAUAUCCCGGUCCAGGCUCCAUCACCGAACCUGUCACGAGAUACGAGCCCCCUACUGCUGCUGGCGCGCCUGGUACCAUCAUUAUUGAGACCCAGACUACUGAUGCGACACGAGAGGCUCCCAAAACCUCGAGUGAGGAUCAGGCAACGACGAAGCCUGCUGGAAUCACUAUUCCGGCAAAUUCUGGAAGCCCUAAUGUGACUGUCAUUAGACAAUACACCGGGCCUGGAACAAUUGACACACCCAUCACCAGUUACAUCCCGCCAGCUCAACCCGGCGAACCAGGUACUGUCGUCAUCGAAACACCAGCUCCCGUGACUUCGAAGAGUUCCAUCCAGUCGCAGGGUCAGUCCAGCACUGGCCCCGCGUAUGUAUCAGCAGUACCAACCACUGAGGAUGUUAGUGGGAAGCUUACAGGAACAUCUUCACCGAUGUCGAGCAACCCUGAUGCCCUCACGUUAACUCCGAGCGACGGAAAUGAUGAUUUUACCAUUGUUCAACCCAACACCAAGUUUGCAGAUGCUACCGAGAACGUGACCCAGAUUAUUCCCCCAUCAAAUGGAACCCCAGGUACACAUAUCAUCUACACCCCUGUAGACACUUCUGCAGGGUCUUCUCUCGCUGCACCCGAUACCGACAGUUAUGUCACCAUCAGCGCUACGGUUACCAUCCCAGGUGAUCCUUCAACUCGGACAGGACUCAAAUCCAACACAGGAAAUGAUCCUGGCACAACGGGCGCGGAAACUAAUGUCAUUAUCAUCCCUCCUAGUGGCACAGAGCCUGGAACCGUUUUAUCACAGACUAGUGUAUAUCUGGAUCAUACUUUGGCUGAGCAUGGCAAUGUUACCAUUACGAGGCCGGCACCAAGCGGCGUUACCACGCGUCUCACCACUUACAUGCCUCCAGCUCAACCCACUGACCCAGGAACAAUCGUCGUUGAAGUUCCUGACUACAAUGUCACUAUCACACGGGCCGCUCCGGCUGAUGUUACUACCACACUGACGACUUACUCGCCUCCUGCUACCGCUGGCGAACCGGGAACUAUCAUAAUCGAGACUCCCGAUUACAAUGUGACUAUUACCCGUGAGGCACCAGCUUCGAUCACGAGUCUGCGAACCUCCUACAAACCUCCAGGCACCCCUGGUGAUCCCGGCACCGUAAUCGUCGAGACACCCAACAACGAUUAUAAUGUUACGAUCACAAGAGCUGGCCCCGCGUCGGUUACCAGUGUACAUACAACCUAUGCUCCACCGGCUGCUUCUGGUGACCCUGGGACCAUCAUUAUUGAGACGCCUGACUACAACGUCACUGUUACUCGAGGAGCCUCAAUCACAGCACCUUUUACAACCUACUCACCUCCAGCUACACCUGGUGAUCCUGGCACUGUCAUUGUCGAGACCCCUGACUACAAUGUCACCAUCACAACAGAAGCCCCAAGAACAGUCACCACUUUACGCUCGACAUAUAUCCCACCUGGAAAGGCUGGUGAACCUGGGACUGUUGUUAUCGAGACACCACUUGGACCUUAUAAUGUAACAACUACAAGAGGUGCCUCAAUUACAGCACCAUUCACGACAUACUCUCCAGCAGGCUCCCCAGGAGAUCCCGGAACCAUCAUUGUGGAAACGCCCGACUACAACGUGACGAUUACAAGACAGGCUCCAAAGACAGCAACGGCACCUUUCUCAAUUUACUCGCCGCCUGGAAGCCCUGGUGAUCCAGGCACAGUCAUUAUCGAGACGCCCAUUGCUCCGUACAACGUCACGACCACCCGGGGCGCGUCCACAAUUACGACACCAUUCACAAGAUACUCACCCCCCGGCGAGGCUGGUGACCCUGGUACCAUCAUUGUUGAAACGCCUGAUUACAAUGUCACGAUCACGAGACAGGCUCCUAAGUCAGUGACUACUCUGUUCUCCACAUACUCACCACCUGGAAGACCUGGAGACCCCGGUACAGUUAUUAUUGAGACUCCUAUCGGUGCAUAUAACGUUACCACUACCCGAGGAGUGUCUACGAUCACAGCGCCGUUCACGACUUACUCACCUCCUGGUGAGGCAGGCGAUCCCGGCACUGUCAUUAUUGAGACUCCGGAAUACAACGUCACGGUUACGAGCAUGGCCACUGAUUCUGUCACGGACAUCGUUACUCGGUAUAACCCACCAGCUACCCCAGGCGACCCUGGCACUGUGGCAAUCCUCAUGCCCAACCAACGCGUUGUGUCAACAUCUCAAGGAUCUUCCAAGUUGGACAAGCCUGCUUACAAUGUUACAAUAACUAGCGAGGCUACUGAAGCUUCUAUCACAGGUACUGUCACUCGGUAUAACCCACCAGCUACUCCAGGGGAUCCUGGUACUGUGGCCAUCAUCAUACCCAACCAGCGAGUUGUGUCGACGUCUGCAGAUAUUUCCAAUAACGACAAGUCUGCAUACAAUGUUACAAUUACCAGCGAGGAUGUCGGUUCUUCUGUCACAGCUCCUGUCACAAGAUAUAAUCCACCCGCUACCCCAGGAGAUCCUGGUACCAUUGCUAUUAUCAUGCCCAACCAACGGGUUGCUUCGAGUUCUGAGCAGCCAUCCAGUACCGAUGAGCCGGCUUACAAUGUCACUAUCUACCGGCCUGGUCCAAGAACCCUUACCGGUCCCGUCACCUCGUAUAUUCCUCCUGCCAGUCGUGGAGCCAAUGGUACCAUCAUCAUCGAGACUCGUGGCCCUGCAACGCCUUUCAACGUGACAAUCACGCAGACCGUGAGCACCAUAACGGCCAUCUACACUACAUACUCCCCAGCGGGAGCUGAAGACGACCCUGGAACCGUCAUUGUUGAAAUUCCUGCUGGCCGUAACGUGACCAUCACGGAGGAGAUCAGCACCAUCACGGCGCCUUUCACAUCGUACUCACCCCCAGGUGCCUCUGGUGAUCCUGGUACGGUUGUCAUCGGUAUGCCGGCUGACCGCAAUGUGACCAUCACAUCCAUCGCCAGUACCCGUACUGCUGCGUUUACGACAUAUUCUUCGCCGGCCAAUCGUGGAGAUCCCGGCACUGUCAUCAUCGAGUUGCCCCCCGAUUCUAAUGUGACGACGACGAAGACAGUGAGCGAUCGAACUGCGCCUUACACGACCUACUCGGCACCUGCGAAUAGGGGAGACCCCGGUACUAUUAUAAUCGAGGUACCUCCAGAGCGUAAUGUGACCGUGACAGAAGUUGAUAGCUCUAUAACCUCUCCGUACACCAGGUACUCGCCGCCCUCAAAUCAAGGAGAUCCUGGCACAGUUUAUAUCGGACUUCAUCCUGACUCCAACAUCACCAUCACAACAGAAGUGGCCAGCCGAACUACACCUUAUACCACCUAUUCGCCCCCUGCGAACAAGGGCGAUCCUGGUACCGUCAUUAUCGAGCUUCCACCACAGCGCAACGUGACCGUUACAGAAGUUGCUAGCUCCAUUACCUCCCCUUACACAAGAUACUCGGCACCCGCCAGUCAAGGAGACCCCGGUACUGUUUAUAUCGGACUCCGUCCUGAUUCCAACGUUACUAUCACGACUGAAGUCAACAGCCGAACCGCUCCUUAUACCACCUAUUCGCCGCCUGCGAAUAGGGGAGAUCCCGGUACUAUCGUCGUCGAAUUGCCUCCCAGUAGUAAUGUCACCAUCACGAAGGAGGUCAGUAGCAGGACCGCCGCUUUCACAACGUAUUCUGCGCCUGCAAGUCGUGGUGACCCUGGUACUGUGAUCGUGGAGCUCCCUCCUGACAGCAAUACCACGAUCACGACCGAAGUUGCCAGCCGCACUGCUGCUUACACUACUUUCAUCACACCUGCAAACAAGGGCGAUGCAGGUACUGUGCUCGUGGAGUUACCAUCUGACAGGAACGUUACGAUCACUACAGAGGUGGCCAGUCUCACAGCUGCUUACACAACCUUCGCAAAGCCAGCAAGCAAGGGUGAUCCAGGAACCAUCAUCGUGGCAUUACCACCUGACAGGAACGUCACUAUCACAACUGAAGUACCUACUCUUACUGCUCCCCAUACCACAUACUCUGCUCCUGGAGCUAAGGGAGAUCCUGGUACUGUCAUUGUGCAAAUGCCUCCUGACCACAAUAUAACAAUAACCACCGAGGUUGCUAGUCGGACCGCCCCCUACACUACAUAUUCUGCUCCUGGUAGUAAAGGUGAUCCAGGCACGAUUAUUAUCGAAAUGCCCCCUGAUCGAAAUGUGACUACCACGGAGCAGGUUCCUACACUGACCCGGGCCUAUACUACCUAUUCACCACCGGGCAACCGUGGGGAUCCAGGCACCGUUAUUGUUCGACUUCCACCGGACAGGAAUGUGACCGUGACGACGCAGAUCGAUACAUUGACAGCACCUUACACGAUCUAUUCCCCACCUGCCAAUAGAGGCGAUCCAGGUACAAUCAUCGUGGAACUACCUCCUGAUAGAAAUAUCACCACAACGCAAGAGGUUAGAACAAUCACUCGUGUCAUCACAACCUAUCUACCUCCUGCAAAUCCAGGCGACCCCGGCACUGUUAUUGUCCAGGAACCUCCGGAGACGAAUACAACCAUUGUUGAGGUCAUUACAACUAUUUCACGCCCAGCUACCAGAUUUGUACCCCCUGCUACUAAGGGCGAUCCAGGAACUGUUUAUAUCGACGUGCCUCCAAACCACAACGUUACGAUGACAACAACCGUUAGCACAAUCACUAGACCAACCACAGCCUUCGAGCCCCCUGCUACUGAGGGAGACGCAGGUACCGUACUGGUCAAGAUGCCUCCUGAGUACAACAUUACAUCAACUCAAACAGUUCAGACAAUCAGCAGGCCAGCUACCAGGUACUCGGCCCCAGCUGAGAUUGGUGACCCUGGAACCGUCUAUCUCGACCUGCCCCCAGAGUACAAUGUCACAGUCACUACCACGAUCUACAGUAUCACUCGACAAAGCACAACAUUUGCUCCAGCUGCUACACAAGGCGAUCCAGGCACUGUGAUCAUUGAGAUGCCCCCUGAGCACAAUGUUACAACGACUCAGACCGUCCAGACGAUCAGCAGACCAGUCACGCGGUACUCGAAGCCUAAUACUAUUGGUGAUCCUGGAACCAUUUACGUAGACCUUCCCCCGGAAUACAAUGUCACUGUUACCACCACAGUGCCAACGAUAACGAGAAUGUCUACGACGUUUGCCCCCGCAGCUGCUCAAGGCGAUCCAGGCACUGUGAUUAUCGAGAUGCCUCCAGACACCAACGUCACCACAACUCAAACUGUGCAGACCAUCAGCAGGCCGGUUACUAGAUACUCAAAGCCGGGUACAGCUGGCGACCCUGGCACCGUCUAUGUUGAUUUGCCCCCGCAAUAUAAUGUCACUGUCACCACCACUGUGGCUACAAUUACUAGGCCCUUAACGACCUUUGCUCCUGCAGACACACAAGGAGAUCCUGGCACCGUUAUCGUCGAGCUACCGCCUGACUCAAAUGUCACCAUAACUCAAACGAUCUCGACAAUUAGCAGACCCAUGACCCGCUUCUCCCCUGCAGGCACUGUCGGAGACGCUGGCACAGUGUAUGUUGAUCUCCCGCCGCAAUAUAAUGUGACGGUCACUUCAACCAUCGCUACAAUCACAAAAGCUUCAACUACUUUCGCCUCAGCUGGUACCCAAGGCGAUCCCGGCACCAUCAUUGUUCAACUGCCUCCGGACUCAAAUGUCACGGUAUCAUCAACUAUCCCAACAAUUACUCGUCCGGCUACGCGCUUCGUGACACCGGCUUCCGCAGGUGAUCCUGGAACUGUUUAUGUUGAUCUACCGCCUGAGUACAACGUAACCACUACUCAAACUAUCAGUUCGAUCAAUCGUGUCAGGACAACCUAUAACCCUGCCAGUACCCAAGGUGAACCUGGAACAAUUCUGAUCCAGGUGCCUCCGGAAUAUAAUGUGACUGCAACGACUACAGUGACAACAAUCAGCCGUGUUAUGACAACAUUUGCUCCUGGCGCGACUCAAGGCGAUCCUGGCACCAUUUUGGUAGAGGUCCCCGUUGAGUAUAACGUCACUACAACGGAGACUGUCAGUUCCAUCAACAGGGUCAGGACGACAUAUUAUCCAGCCGGCACCCAAGGAGACCCCAACACAGUUCUUAUCCAGGUCCCGCCGAAUUACAAUGUGACGACAACACAGACCGUCAGUUCUAUCAGUCGCGUCACUACAACAUAUUUGCCAGCUGCCACCCAAGGAGACCCCAACACAGUUCUCAUCCAGGUCCCGCCGAAUUACAAUGUGACGACAACACAGACCGUCAGUUCUAUCAGUCGCGUCACUACAACUUACAUGCCAGCUGCGACUCAAGGUGAUCCCAACACAGUAUUGGUACAAGUUCCACCGGAUUACAAUGUGACAACAACACAGACCGUGAGCACAAUUAAUCGUAUGCGGACAACCUAUUUGCCAGCUGGUACUCAAGGUGAUCCCAACACAGUCCUCGUGCAGGUCCCACCAGACUACAACGUAACCACGACCCAGACCAUCAGCACCAUCAACAGGGUCAGAACAACCUUCAUGCCUGCUGCUACGCAGGGUGAUCCUAAUACAGUCCUCGUGCAGGUCCCACCAGACUACAACGUAACCACGACCCAGACCAUCAGCACCAUCAACAGGGUCAGAACAACCUUCAUGCCUGCUGCUACGCAGGGUGAUCCUAAUACAGUCCUCGUGCAGGUCCCACCAGACUAUAACGUAACUACAACUGAGACUGUCAGCACUAUCAAUAGAGUCAGGACAACCUACAUGCCAGCUGGUACUCAGGGCGACCCUAAUACAGUCCUUGUGCAGCUGCCGCCGAACUAUAACGUCACCACCACGGAAACUGUUAGCACAAUCAAUAGGGUCAGGACGACUUAUCUGCCAGCCGGCAUUCAAGGAGACCCUAAUACGGUCCUAGUACAAGUUCCUGUCGACUACAAUGUUACCACAACACAGACUGUCAGUACGAUCAGUCGAGUUCAGACAGCAUACAAUCCUGGUGCAACUCAGGGCGACCCCGGCACAGUCCUGGUCUUAGUGCCCAUGGCUUACAAUGUCACCACAACUCAAACAGUCGGUACUAUUAGUCGGGUUCAAACAACAUACAACCCUGGUGCAACUCAGGGUGACCCAGGCACAGUCCUGGUGCAAUAUCCUAUUCCUUCCACAAUCACAACAACUCAGACGGUCUCUACGAUCACUCGCCCUACCACUGUACUUGCAUCAGGCAUAAACCCUGGUGAUCCCAAUACCGUCCUUGUGCAAUACCCUAUCCCUUCAACAAUCACGACAACUCAGACGGUCGCUACGAUCACACGCCCUACUACUUUCCUUGCAUCGGGCGUAAACCCUGGUGAUCCCAAUACCGUUGUUGUGCAAUAUCCUAUCCCUUCAACUAUCACAACAACCCAGACGGUCUCUACUAUUACUCGCCCUACCACUGUACUUGCAUCAGGCAUAAACCCUGGUGAUCCCAAUACCGUCAUUGUGCAAUACCCUAUCCCUUCAACCAUCACAACGACUCAAACGGUUUCUACUAUUACUCGCCCUACUACUGUCCUUGCAUCGGGUGUAAAUCCUGGUGAUCCUAACACCAUCAUUGUGAAAUUGCCCACACCUUACAAUGUCACAACAACCCAAACAGUCCCUACAAUUACUCGCGCCACAACCGCCUUCGUUUCUGGCGCAAACCCUGGUGAUCCCAAUACCGUCAUUGUGCAAUACCCUAUCCCUUCAACCAUCACAACGACUCAAACGGUUUCUACUAUUACUCGCCCUACUACUGUCCUUGCAUCGGGUGUAAAUCCUGGUGAUCCUAACACCAUCAUUGUGAAAUUGCCCACACCUUACAAUGUCACAACAACCCAAACAGUCCCUACAAUUACUCGCGCCACAACCGCCUUCGUUUCUGGCGCAAACCCUGGUGAUCCCAAUACCGUCAUUGUACAGUAUCCUACACCUUACAAUGUUACAAUAACUUCAGACGGUGGAACAUCAAUCAACGCUCCAGUUACGUCCUACCUACCCCCUGGUCAAGCUGGCGAUCCUGGUACCGUGGUUAUUGCAACCCCAGCUUCUCGAACAAGUUCCAUCGCUAUCGCUACUCAGAGUGGCGCUGGGCCCGCUUUCAAGUGUGACAUAUAUGGCUAUCUCAUGCAGAAGACUGCUUUGUACCGCGUCGAUAUUUCGACCGGAAAGACGACUCUCAUUGAUGACACUGUCGGACCUGGCGGCUGGAUGAAUGGUAUCGGAUACAACAGGUUCGAUAACUACAUCUACGGUAUGCAUAUGGACAAUUCAGGUACACAACUCAUCCGUAUAUCCGGUGAUGGAAGCUACCAGCUACUUGCCGCUCGUACCUCCGACCGCACCAUCAACAUGGGUGAUAUCGACAACCAAGGUCGUUACUGGAUCUCCAACCAAGGAAAGGCUUGGUGGUGUAUUGAUCUCAUGCCCGGUUCAGCCAAGUAUGGCCAGAUCAUCAUGAGUGGUACUGCUACCAAUACUCUCAAUGUGGCCGAUUGGGCUUUCGUUCCUGGAGGAGGUGACUACAUGUACGCAGUCAUGUACGACAGCAACGGCGAAACGUCCACUCUUUGCCGUUUCAGUCGUACCACGUACACUUGGACCACACUCAAGGCCUACGGCGAUGUCACGGGCGACAACCUCUGGGGUGCCGUGUACGCUUCUCAGGAUGGAAGUCUCUACGGCUCAGAGAACUCCAAUGGACAAAUCUACAAGUUCCCUAUCGCGCCAACCAUCGGAAAACCCAUCUUCAUCGCCCAAGGUCCCGUGUCCAGCUGGAACGACGGAGCUCGCUGCAUUGACAGUCAAACUCUCCCAGCCUAG